UUUUAUUUAUUUAUGAAAUCCAACAUUAUGGGUUUCAUAAAUAAAAAAUUACGUAAACACUAUUUCAGGUUAGAAGCGGAAUUAUCUCUAUCAAAUGUAAGAGAUAUUAUAAUUAAAACAUUCCAAAUAGCUGAUGCAAAUUUAUUGAAUUCAGGAUUAGAAUUUCUUUGUGAAACAUGUGAUAAUCAAUUACCUACAUUGAAUAGAUUUGUUGAACAUCUCCGAUCACAACAUAAUAAUGAUUGUAAAGAAUUAACAACAGAAACAUUCUUAAAAGAAAAUGUGUCUAUUGUUGAAAUGUUAAUAGAGGAUCCAACAAUAGAUGUAGAAUCAGAAAAGGAAGUAAAUGAAGUUAAAUUAAAAAGAUUUCGUUGUCCCUUUUGUGAAAGUUCCUUUUCAUCCCCAACACGUCUCAUCUGUCAUUUGAAUCGACAUAUUGAGGUUUGCAUUGAAGACGGAGUUAACUGCUGCGACACUUUAUAUCACGAUACCAAAUUAUUUGUUAAACAUCUGGAAAUAGCACAUGUGAAAAAGAAAAAUGAAUCAAACUCUUGUAGAAGUUGUGGCUUCACUGCUAACGACAAAGAUGAAUUAAAAGAUCACAUAACAAAGUUACAUGUCAAAGAUGAAUAUGUACAAAACAAAGACGUUAAACAUCGUGACAAAUGGCAAAAGUAUAUACCAGCGGUGUGUCCAGAAUGUAACAAGACAUUCUCAAACAAAUAUAACAUGCUUAUGCAUAUGAAAAAUCACAAAGAUGCUACAGAAAAAUACCCAUGCGAUAGAUGUAGUAAAAUUUACAAGAGUAAGGCCAGUCUCAAGAGUCACCAGGAAAUCACACACAAAGGAAUCUUAAGUUUUGUUUGUUCGUAUUGCGGCGAAGCUUUCCCAUCGAGGAUCGCUCGUGAUAUUCACAAGAGGAUCCAUACAGGAGACAAACCCUACACCUGUAAAUACUGCAACCGAUCUUACCGCGCAAAAAAUACACUGGAUCGCCAUUUGGAAAUACAUUUAAACGUUCGCAAUUAUGAAUGCUACAUAUGUUCAAAGAAAUUUCGAAGGAGCACACAUCUCAAAUACCAUUUAAAUACGCACAGGAGGAAGAAAUAAGUAACCUGGGUUCUUUGUUGCAGGACACCCAGCAGCGGUAAUUACGAGGGUACAUAUCGAUCGAGGUUUCUUUAUAAGAAUGAAAUUAUAAACG